AUGGACGACUGCAGAUUCAACACCAUCGAUCGGCUCCACAUCGACAUUGAGCGAAUCUGGCGGCCCGACAUCGCCGUGCACAACAACGUCGACGGCACCUACAUUUCCUCCUCCGUUCCCACCUUCAAGGCGAUCGUCUUUUCCAACGGAACGGUGCUCCACUCCCACAUCGGCAAAUACAGCACUUUCUGCCGCGUCAACGUCGAGAACUUCCCCUACGACGAGCAAGUCUGCAGCAUCGACUUCCACCCCUACGUCUACAGCGGCGAAGAUGUCAAACUCAAGACAGCAGAAGUAAUGCGCAAGAACUUGAAGCCCAACAGUGAAUGGGAGCUGAAACGAGCCACGACGGAAUAUAAAGAAAAAUGGGACCCGCUCACCGGCCAAAACGAAACCUUCGUCCGGGCAUCAUUAUACCUCGUCCGCCUGCCUCUUUUCUACACUCUUUACAUCACCCUUCCGAUUCUGAUGAUCACUUCCAUGGUUAUUUCCGUCUUCCACCAACCAAACAUGGGCGGCGAAAAAAUCACGCUCUCGAUUUCGGUCCUCCUCGCGCUCACCUUCUUCCUCGGCCUGGUUUCCUCCAUGACUCCAAAAAGCGCCGCCGCGAUCCCGCUCAUUUCAAAAUAUCUCAUCUUCUCGAUGGUGCUGGUUUUCAACGCAGGUUUCCGAGCCCAAAAUACAGUCCCGCAUCCGAUCUUCCCAACUGGUCAUCGUUUCUCUGUUUCAUCGGAAUACCCUUCAAGCUACAACACUUAUCAAGAACGAAAAAACUCGGAAAAACCCGAAGAUGAAAAAACUGUUUUCACGUUGGAUCACAUUCCAGUGCUCUCCGGCCGUCUCAGAUCAGAAGAAUACAUUUCCAAAAAGCUGAAGCCGCGAAAAGUUAAAAUAGCGAAACAGGACACCAUCUACGGAUCUUUCUCGAGUAUAAGUUCGGCCACGUCGAGCUUUAACGAGCGGCGAAUUUCCAAGCUUGGCCCUGAAAAAAAGCGAUUGCAACGAUACAAGAGUCAAAUUUUGGAAGGACUCGCUCCAGAGAUGAUUUUUUCGAGCAACAGAGCAGUCAGAAUGAUCGCUGACCAGCAAAAAGUGGCGGACGAGUUGGCUUCGGGCGAGGCGGACUGGAUCUUCCUGGCGCUGGUGAUCGAUCGCUGUCUGCUGCUUAUUUUUAUUAUGAGUUUCGCGUUUGGAAGCUGCACACUGUUCUACGGCGUCCAAGACGCUAAUUACCAGUUGACACUGACUUGA